AAACUUGACAGACAGAUAACAGUUUAAAAGUUUUGUGUAUAAUGUAACUUUUAGAGUAACAACAUGUCUACAAAUAGAUCCAGAAACCAGUGGCAUUUUAACAAGAAAACUCUUUUAUAAAUAAGAAUAAAACAUUGGUCACUCUACCUCCAACAGGGACACUUUUAGUUACAUAUUUAAUGGAUUACUGAGUAUUAGGAUCCUCUUUGUUUUUAGUUUAUCCCUAAUAUGUGCAAGCUUUUCUAUUCAAGGCAGCAGUAAAAGUUAAACUCCUCAAGCUGUGUUUCAGCUUCCUCUGCAGGACACAUCCCACAGCCUGACGUCAGCUGGAUGGGAACUUUUUCCUCCCCAUUCCAGCGUCCAGCAGACACACUCGCACAUCUGCUCCACAGCAGGAAUUUGAGGUUUGGCCAUGAUCUGAUCCCAACGUCCACCUGCACAACACCCAUGUUCCUCGUCCAGCAGGUUCCCUGAGACUCUGGUCCAGCUGGGAUGACGGCCUUCAGCCCUCCUGCUCUGCUCCUGUGCCUGCUGUUCUGCACGUCGGAGGCUGACCUGCGCUUGGCCUACGUCACCCACAGCAGCUUCAUCUACUACUCGUGCAGCCAGGACCCGCAGCCCUGCAGCGCCUCGUCGCUGACAGACUGCAGAUGCAAAACCAUGGAGCGCCGGACCCUGACGCACUCGGCUCCUGUUUUCCGGAGGACAAAUUUAACGAUCUGGUUCACAUCGCCGUCCAACGUGGCGCGGCUGCUCAACAACUCGGAGGUCAUCCACCUUACGCUCAUCCACUGCGGCCCCCCCGGAGGAGAGCCCCGCGGGGUGCCCUUCCCCCCACUGGAGGAGUAUUUUGCAGUGCAGCGCCUGAAGAGGCUGACGGUGUUGAACGUGCCGGAGAGACCGUUCCUCCAGUGUCCCGACGCAAACCGAGUCAAGAGYUCCAACGCAGACCAGGAUCAAGGCUUUUAUUUUGACUUGCACAGAUACAAAGACUCCAACAUGGAUCUUGUUGCAGACGCAGUGAAAGAUCCUUUGACUGUGUCCUCAACCCAGAUUCAGGACAUCUUCCUGGGCAGGGAGCUGGGAGCAGCUCACCAUGAACAGGUCAGACUGGGAAUCAUCCACAGCUCCGUGCUGGACUGGGGGGCGGAGGUCAAAGCCUACACGGUGCAAACGCACAUAGACAGUGACGGUGYACUGCCGUUCCCUGACCUCCACCUGGCUAAACUACCAGAAACAUCUGUURUAUAUGUCAGCUUUGUGUACUGAUUGAAAUUUACUUUGAGGAAAAAAUGAGGAUCAAUUGUUCAAAUAAAAAUCAYUUUUCUUG